UUCAAGGUUGGGAAUGUGUGAGGAUAACAGAGUAGACCAGGCCACGCCAAUCGACCCCCUAGAACUGGGUCCAGGUAGAAUGGUCAAUCACACAGAUCCAAAGGAGACGGCAUCACCUUUCAAUCUCUCUCCUCACUUGACAGCUAUCUUGGCCUUGGCUGAUCAAGACUCCUAGGUGAUCUGCCUACUUGCAAAGCCCUCCCCCUCUCCUAACUGAAAGUGGCAAGUGUUCUGGUCUAUUUUACUCUCAAAUAUUUUUUGAUUUUCCAACAAGUUUCAUGGAGUUUAGUUGAAGCCAUGUGAAAUACAAUUUGAAAAUCCUUCCCAAUAAACACAGAAGCUAUUCUUACAACAGCUUCCCAGGAAGAGGUCACAGCUAGGCAUGGGAAAGAUCUAGCCUCCUGCUGACUGGAGCUCUCGCUUGCUCUGUUGCUCUCCCCUUUCUCUCUGUACCCAGUUUCAUACCACGCCUUGCUAAUUUGCAACCCUAAGCAUAAAGUGCUUACACUUACACAAGCACAUAGUAGAGCUGGGUUCCAAAGAGGACUGGGCAUCUGUAGUACUUGACAUUCAGGCCUUUGGCAAGAUGUCAGCAUUUCAUAGAGUACUUUAAAUGUUUUGGUCUGAGAGCUAAUAUAGCAUUUCCUCACUGGUCAACACGAGCAGCCCAAGCAGAAAGCUAAAUCUAUUUCCCUCAACAUCAGAUGUUACACUCCAUUGUUGAUCCAGUCUUGCCUACGGAGACGACAGGAGGCUGGAAAAAUUGGAUCAUUAGGGAAGGAACACCUUGGCCACUUCAAGAUGACAAGCACACACUGGACUACACUGCUUCAUUGACAGGAAGCCUCCUAUUCUACCAGCGCCCCCACCACGCCAAAAAAAAUUUUAAGGCCUCCCCUGCAGAAGCUACAGAAUGAUAAAUUCCACCACCACACAACCUCCGAACGAGGCCUGCUCCCGGAACACUCUCAUAACUCAGAGUAUCAUUCCCGUGCUAUACUUGGCGGUCUUUGUCGCGGGGAUCCUGCUCAAUGGCGUCUCUGCAUGGAUAUUCUUUUACGUGUCCAGCUCCAAGAGUUUCAUUGUCUAUCUCAAGAACAUUGUUGUGGCUGACUUUCUGAUGAGCCUGACUUUUCCCUUCAAGAUUCUUGGGGAUUCGGGCCUGGGACCCUGGCAGAUAAACGUGUUCGUGUGCAGGGUUUCAGCUGUGCUGUUUUACGUCAACAUGUAUGUCAGCAUCGUGUUCUUUGGGCUCAUCAGCUUUGACAGGUAUUAUAAAAUUGUAAAGCCUCUUUUGACUUCUUUCAUCCAUUCAGUAAAUUACAGCAAACUUCUGUCAGUCAUGGUGUGGGUGCUCAUGCUCCUUCUGGCUGUCCCCAACAUUAUCCUGACCAACCAGAAAGCGAGGAACGGGAAGGCUAUGAGUAUAAAAUGUGUAGAGCUUAAAAACGAACUGGGACUUAAGUGGCACAAGGCAUCAAACUACAUCUUUGUGGGCAUCUUCUGGAUUGUGUUUCUUUUGUUGGUCAUUUUCUACACUGCUAUCACGAGGAAAAUCUUUAAGUCCCACCUGAAAUCCAGAAGGAAUUCCAUUUCGGUCAAGAAGAAAUCUAGCCGCAAUAUAUUCAGCAUCAUGUUCGUAUUUUUUGUCUGUUUUGUGCCUUACCACAUUGCCAGAAUCCCCUACACGCAGAGCCAGACAGAAGCUCAUUACAGCUGCCGGUCAAAAGAAAUUUUGCUCUACGUAAAAGAAUUCACUCUAGUACUGUCAGCUGCAAAUGUAUGCCUAGACCCUAUUAUUUAUUUCUUUCUAUGCCAGCCAUUUAGAGAAAUCUUAUGUAAGAAACUGCACAUCCCAUUAAAAGCUCAGUCUGACGCAGAAACUUCUAAAACCAAAAGAGGAAAUACAAUGCAUGAAAGCACAGACACUCUGUGAAUUCCCACCUCCUUUCAAAAAGAAUCCAUGUACACAUUUUGCAAUCUUCAGUUACAUACGAAUACAAAAGAAACAUGUCCAUGCAACUAAGUAUCAUCUCUAUGCAUUACUAUUCAAUUUAGUAUAAUAAUAAAAACAAAAUAUAAGUUCCCCUGCUUUUGCAACAGCAAAGAAAAAAGUAAUACAUGCAUUGUUCAAUUUUAUUCAAUCAAAACAGAAGUUUUCAAUGUAUAAUCACUCGUCUCGUCAGUUAAUGUAGAAGUUUAAAUAGCAUAAAGAAAAUAGGAAGCAAUCAAGACAAUUCACUGGGGCGUGUUCCUUCCCUAAAUAUAAGAAUUUAACUUAUGUGUUUUUUUUUUCACCAGGGUUACUAAAGACCAACCUAAAAGCAGGCAGAGUUUGAUAAAGAACUGGAGACCUGUUUGGAGUGAAAAAGUCAAAUUUUCUCUGAUUUCACUUAGGAAAUUCCCUACUGAUUUAUCUCCUAGCAUUUCAAAGGGAAGUUGAUAUAAAUUCUGUUCUUUGCAGUAAAAACAAAAUGUAACACUUUGAUAACAUUUUGAAGAUGAUAAUAAGAUACAUUCUGAAUGUUUUGUAUCAAGACUUAUUAAGCUACGUCUUGAGCAUGCAUUUCUGGUGUUAAAAUAUUUUUAAGUGGACUCUAUUGAAGGAAACUGGCUAUUGGUAUAUGUUGCCAGCAACUUUCCCUAUCGAAUGCUAUGGAGGAAAAAAAAAAAUGAUGACCAGGACAAAGACAAAGACAGACACACACAUACAAACACACACACACACACACACACACACACACACACACACAGCAUGUACAUACACACAUACAUCGAGGGACAGAGGAAACAGUUUUCUUUGAAAGCAACCGGACUUGAAAAAAAGGACAAUCUAAAAUUUGCAAUUUUGAGUGAGAAAUUACACAUAAAAUGAAAAUUUGUGACAUUUUCUGAAAAGGAGAUGGAUUUAAAGUAUGUAGAUAAGGGAUAUGGUUGCUGGCUUGUGAGUUAGCAAAACUAAAUUCUUUCUCUGCUCUUAACUGCCUAGAAGACAUCCAGGCCAUCUUCCAAAUGUUAUUCUCAAACAUUUUUGUAAGCCAUGUAUAUAUACUUUUUUGCUUUACUGUAUAUGUACUAAUAAAAAUAUUUUCAAUA